AGUUGUGUAAAAUAUCAAAAAUAAUAUGCCAUAUCCUCGGAAUACAAUUAGCUUGGGAGAUAGGAGUAACUAUUAUGUUUCUCAUUGGAGCAUUUUUUAAUUUGUACGUCCGAUACUUCCAACAUCACAAAGUCCCAACUUUGGCAGAGCAAACAUCUAUGACGUUGGUAAUGAGUUUUGUGAGCAUUUUGAAAGCCAUUGGGUUGAGUCGCAUUUGCAAGAUCGCGGCCGAUGAGGGAAACAGAACCAUCGAACUUAUUCACGCGAUUUAUGGAUGCGACGCAAGUACUGAUAUGCAGGAGGAGAUUCAGCAGUUUGGUAUUCAAAUCUUGCAAAGUCCGGUGACUUUCUCCGUUUUUGGUCUUACUCUAGAUAAUCGUCUCUUAAGCUUGGUUUGUAUCAAAUUGUCAGUUACAUAACACGU